AUGACCACUUAUAGUAUAAUCACAAAUGAAACAUCACCUAUGCUUGGUGAGGAAAAACAAUUGAAUUUUCAUGUAUCCCAUCUGAAAAAUGAUUCCAACAUUCUCAUACAAUAUAUAUGUCCGGAUGGCGAGAAGCCUUGCGUUGUAGCACAAGAACUUCAUGUUCCCCUUAUUGACUCAAGGGGUUUCUUUUCUGCUGACCCUGUUGCCGCCCAACAAACAUCUAGGCUUGUUGGUGAAGCGUUCAGGAGUCAUGAUUUCUUUCUUGUAGUGAACCACAAAGUUGAUUCUAAUCUCAUCUCUAAUGCUUAUCGUUACGUGGACAUGUUCUUUGACAUACCUCUUUGUGAAAAGAAGAAAGCUCAAAGGAAAAUUGGUGAACAUUGUGGUUAUGCCAGCAGCUUUAAUGGAAGGUUUUCUUCAAAACUUCCUUGGAAAGAGACACUCUUUACGAUACUCUACUCAAGAAGGCUAAUCUCACAUAGUUGA